GAAGGUUGAUAUGCAGAAAUAGAUUAUCAAACUUCUGGGAUUUUGCCCUUUCAAGGAGGAAAUAGAGUUCAGGUCUUUGAGUGAUCUCGGUUGAUCCUGCGAUCUUGAAUCAUAUUGGCGCCGGCAUUACUCACCUAGUCUCUUAGAGAUUGUUGACAGCAAUAUCUGUCACAUCAUAUUGGACAGGAACACCCCUGUCUGCUUCUCAUCUAACACUCCACGAACAGCAAUGACAUCCCCGGCUAGCCUGGCCGAACUUGGCUUCAGAUGGCCGGCAGAGUGGGAGCUGCAGAAGCAAGUUUUCUUUGGCUGGCCCAGCAUUGGAGAGUGGUUCCGCAACAACGCAGGCCCCGUUCAGGAGCAGGUCGUAGGAGUGGCAACCGCCUUGUCACAGUUCCAGCCAGUGACUGUGUGCGCAAACCCCCACCAGGUGCAAAGGGCCCGAGAGAUGCUGCCUGCGCACAUCCGGGUGCUUGAGGUUCCUCACGAGACUCCCUACAUUAGGGACACAGCACCCCUGUUUGUGGUGCGGCCGAGCCCAGAGGAUCCGGCGCAGAACGAGGUGACGGCGAUUGGAUUCAAAUUCAAUGCGUACGGCGGCAUUCAGAAGGAGGACGGCUCCUGGUGGACCAAGUAUGGCACCCUCUACGCCACAGACCUCCAAGACGCCCGGGUGGCGGCCACCUUAGCUGCAUCGGAGGGCGUUCCUCUCGUGAAAGCAGAUUUUGUGCUGGAGGGAGGCAGCGUGCACACCGAUGGCGAAGGGACGCUGGUCACGACAGCAGAGUGCCUGCUGCACAAAAAUCGCAACCCAGACUUGACCAAGGAGCAGAUUGAGGCGCAGCUGCAAAAGUAUUUGGCCAUAGAGAAGGUCAUCUGGCUGCCAAAGGGCGUCUAUGCAGACUUCUACACCAACGGCCACGUCGACAACUUCUGCUGCUUUGUUAAGCCCGGCGCUGUGCUGCUGGCCUGGACCAAUGACAAAUCCGACCCCCAGUAUGAGAUCUCUGUGGCGGCUCUGGAGGUAUUACAGAGCACCACAGAUGCCAAGGGGCGUAGCCUGGAAGUGUUCAAAGUCCCACUGCCGCCCAACCUCUUCAUCACACAGGAGGAGGCUGACGGAUUAUUGGGCGAGGUCAAGAAGCGCGAUGCAGGAGCGAGGCUGCCAGCAUCGUAUGUCAACUUCUACCUUGCGAAUGGCGGAGCAGUCAUUCCAGCGUUCGGCGUGGAGACGGACGAGCCGGCGCGGCUGGCAAUUCAGGCGGCGUUUGGCGAGAGCAGGAAAGUGGUGUCUGUGCCGGCUCGGGAGAUAUUGCUGGGCGGUGGGGAUAUCCACUGUAUGUCCAUGCAGCAGCCUGCUGGAGUCCCUGCUGCAGGCCUCUGA